AUGUCGGAUCACGAGGAGCCGGGGGCAAUAAUAGCAAGUGAUCCUGAAAAAGAUAACAUAGAUCAAAUCGACGAAUCCAAUCAAUUGAAUCAUCAUCAGAAAGAAGAAGAGGAAGAUAUAUCAAGCAAUCAUGUCGAAUUAAAUGGCGAUAGCCAAGAGGUACCAGAUGAUUCAUCUAGCAAUAAUAUCCAAUUAAAUGACGAGAAUGAAAGUGCCGAAGUGGAAGAAAAUAACGUGGAAGAUGUUAGUAUUAAUUCAAUACCUGAAGUGCAACCUGAAGUAGAAUCUCAAAAUGAAUUAGAAUCAGUUCCAAUUUCAGCUGAAAAUGAAGUAAGUGAAGAUACGCCAGUUGCUGAAUCCACAUUGGAAGAGCAGGUUAUUGAUUCACCAGAAGUGCCUAGCAUUCUUUCACAGGCUGAGACUGUUCCUACAUCAACCACUUCUGUCCCAGAAACUCCAAUAACCAACGAAGAAUCCGAUCUAAAUAGUGAAACCCCUCUGAGAGUUGCUUCUUCUGCUCAUACACGUCAAAUUUCCCAAGUUUCCAUGACAUCAGCGAAUGCAACUCUUGAUAACUCCAAAAUUUUCAAGAAUACAUUUGAAGCAAUCCUUGCUUCAAAAGAAGCUAAGAAGAAUCCAGAUUUUAAAAAUGUGAUUCAAAAAGCUCUUGAUUCCUUAAAUGAUGUUGAAUCAAGAGACGCAUAUGUUAUAUUUUCUGCAUUGAAAGCUUGUUGUGAAACAUCAAGUACAGAUGUGAAAUCUAAAGCAGUCGAUUUAUUUGCAAAAUUAUUUGAUUAUGCACAAUUUGAUGACAGUAGAGAUAAAGCAAAAUUAACUGAUGAUUCUGUUGAUGUCAUAUCGGCUUGCUUUGAAGGUGAAGGAACGGAUCCUGAAUUGGAAUUACAAGUUGUUCGUGCAUUGAUGCACAGUAUUCUUUUGAUGCCGUGCCAUGGUGCUUCUUUAUUGAAAGCUGUUAGACAAAUUUAUAAUGUCUUUAUCUUUUCAUUAACUGCAAGAAAUCAAGCUGUUGCGCAAGGUAUUUUAACUCAAGUUAUUGGAUCUAUUUUCCAGCGAGUAGAAGAAUCAGAGGCAAUGAAAAAGAGAUCCACAAAAUCAAAUAGUAUUGUCAGACUUUCUAUGGCUUCAUUCAGUAAGGAGGAGUUAGACUUACCAAAUGAUAGUACCAACGUAUCAGAAGAAAAGUUGACUUUGAAGAGAUUGGAAAACAUGAAUGAUUCUAGACUCGAUAGUGAUAGAGUAAUUGAAGCAAAUAUGGCCACUGAUAGUGAUGAAGACUUGGCAGUGAAAGACGCAUUUUUGGUAUUUAGAGCUAUGUGCAAACUUUCAGUCAAAUCUUUAGAUUCGUCUACUGUUGAUAUGAGAUCACAUUCAGUUAGAUCAAAGUUAUUGUCAUUACAUAUAAUUCAUACAAUUUUGAAAGAACAUAUUGAAGUGUUUUUAAGUCAUGAUGUUGUGAUAUUGUCAUCCAGUUCAACUGAACAAAUACGAUUGAUCAAUGCCGUUAGACAAUAUGUUAAUUUAGCACUUUCUAAGAAUGCUGCCUCCCCAUUAGCUCCUAUAUUUGAACUUACAUUAGAAAUUUUUUGGUUGAUUAUUUCAAAUUUAAGAUCGGAAUUUAAAAGAGAAAUUCCAGUAUUUUGGGAUGAGAUUUACUUUCCAGUUGCUGAAAUGAAAACCUCCAGUGCUCACCAGAAGAGAUAUUUAUUAUCAAUAAUUGAAAGAUUAUGUAAUGAUUCCAGAUGCAUUAUUGAAUUUUAUUUGAAUUAUGAUUGUGAUAGCUCCAUGCCAAAUAUAUGUGAGAAAGUGAUUGACUAUUUAACCAAGCUUUCAUUGUUAAGAGUUGAUGCUACCCCACAACAGAAACAAGCAUUCCGUGAUAAUAGAAGAGUUGGUAUUUCAGUUUAUGACGUAAACAGAAUUUCAAAUUUGACGAGUAGUACUAUGACUUCAAAACCACCUGAACCAGAAAUAUACAAUCAAUUUCCAUUAGAGUAUGCAUUGAAGAUGACCUCAAUUGGUUGUUCAGUAGCUUUCUUACGGUCUUUACAUUCAUGGGCACAAAAAGAUUUGAAUUCUAACGUAGUGCAUAGCAAGCUGCCUGGUAUCACUAGUCACAAUGGAUCUACCUUAUCUCUUCCAAGAAAUAGAUCUGAUUCCAAUAAUACAUCUAUGAGCAAUUCUAGAAAUGAAUCUUUUGUCAAUAAUUUAGGAGAUACAUUAACCGAAACUGAUGAUCCUGGACAAUUUGAAUCCCAGAAACAAAGAAAGAAGGCAUUUUUGGAAGGAAUUAGACAAUUUAAUCAAAAGCCAAAGAAGGGAAUGAAAUAUUUCAUUGCCAAUGGAUUUCUUACUUCGGAAGAACCACAUGCUAUUGCCAAAUUCUUAUUAGAAACAGAUGGGCUUGAUAAACAGGUUAUUGGUGAAUAUCUUGGAGAAGGUGAUGAAAAGAAUAUUGCAAUCAUGCAUGCUUUUGUCGAUGAACUUGAAUUUGCUAAUACUGAUUUCGUUGAUGCUAUGAGAUUAUUUUUACAAUCAUUUAGAUUACCAGGUGAAGCACAAAAGAUUGAUAGAUUUAUGUUGAAGUUUGCUGAAAGAUACGUAUUAGGCAAUCCAAAUGUAUUUUCCAAUGCUGAGUCUGCUUACGUGUUAGCAUAUUCGGUGAUUUUGUUGAAUACUGAUUUACAUUCACCACAAGUUAAGAAGAGAAUGACGGUUGAUAAUUUUGUGACUAAUAAUAAUGGUAUUGAUAAUGGAGAGAAUUUACCACGUGAAUUUUUGGAAAAGAUCUAUCAAGAAAUUCAGGAAGAUGAAAUUAAAUUACAAUCAGAACAACAUGCAGCAUUAUUAGCUGGUGAUGUUACCAUUAUGCGUCCUUCUCAAACUAUUGGAUUUUUCGGUGGUCGUGAUAUUAAUCGUGAAGCUUAUAUCCAUGCAUCUAAAGAAAUGUCAACCAAGACAGAAAAGUUGGUUAGAAGUUUAGGAAAGAAGGUCAAAAGUGAUGAACAUGAAGGUGUAUUUUAUGCAGCUACUAGUGUCUUACAUGUGAAGUCAAUUUUCGAUACAUUGUGGAUGUCGGUUUUAGCAGCUCUUACUCCCCCAUUUAAGGAAUAUGACGAAGAGGAUGUAACUAGAUUAUGUUUGGAAGGGAUUAAAUUAGCUAUUAAAAUUUCAUGCAUGUUUGCCUUAGACUAUGCUAGAACAUCAUAUAUUCGUGCAUUAGUACAAUUCCAGAAUCUUAACAAUUUCGAAGAAAUGAAACAAAAGAAUGUUGAUGCAAUUUAUAUUAUGUUAGAAUUAGCUGUUUCUGAGGGUGAUAAUUUAGGUGAGUCAUGGCUGGAUAUUUUGUUUUCUACUUCUCAGUUAGAAAGACUUCAAUUAAUUGCACAAGGUGUUGAUCAAGGUUCAAUUCCAGAUGUUUCUACUGCUAAGUUAGUUAAUAGACAUUCUAUGGAACUUAAUUCAAGAACAAGUACCAGCUUUUUUAGUCUGUUCACAUCUCAGACACCUUCGCAGUCAGCAUUAAGUAAGUUCCACAACCAGCAUUUAAGUCCAGAAGUUUCUCAAUUAUUGGUAAAGACCGAUUUGGCAGUUGCUAUUGAUAAGAUAUACACAAAUAGUGCCAAUUUAUCAGGUGAAAGCAUUGUUGCAUUUGUGAAGGCGCUUUCAGAAGUGGCUAAUGAAGAAAUUGAUUCAUCUGGUCAAAGUACAAAUCCUAGAACUUAUUCAUUACAAAAGGUGGUUGAUAUUUGUUAUUACAAUAUGGAUCGUAUUCGUUUGGAAUGGUCACAUCUUUGGGCGAUUAUGGGAGAAACAUUUAAUAGUGUUGGUUGUCAUACUAAUCCUGCUAUUCUGUUCUUUGCUGUUGAUUCAUUGAGACAAUUAUCUAUGAGAUUUUUAGAAAUUGACGAAUUGGCCCAUUUCAAGUUCCAAAAAGAGUUUUUGAAGCCUUUUGAAUAUAUUAUUGUUCAUAAUGAUUCUUUAGAAGUUAAAGAUAUGGUUUUAGAAUGUAUUAAUAAUAUGAUUUUAGCUCGAGCUGACAAGAUCAAGUCUGGUUGGAAAACUAUUUUUGCUGUAUGUACUGCUACUGCCAAACAAAACAAGGAAUCUCUUGUUAUGAAGGCAUAUAAGAUGGCAAAUUGGAUCAACAAAGAAUAUAUUGAAGAAGUUAAACAACAAGAUUCUUUCUCAGAUUUGGUUCUUUGUUUCACUGAAUUAACUAAGAAUGAAAAAUUCCAAAGAAUUAGUUUGUUGUCAUUAGAUGUUAUACUGAGAUUAAUCCAUGAAAUUGCUCAACUGAGCUUACUUAAUGGAAGUAGUGAACAACCAAAGGAUAAUUCACCAGAAGCUCAACAUGAAAGAAAUGAACAUUUAGUGAAAUUGUGGUUUCCUGUGCUUUUUGCAUUCCAUGAUAUUAUAAUGACAGGUGAAGAAUUAGAAGUGAGGUCUAGAGCUUUAAAUAGUAUGUUUAAUGUUUUGUUACAGUAUGGACCAUAUUUUGAAUUGGAAUUUUGGGAUAUGAUUUGUUAUAAGUUACUUUUCCCAAUUUUUGCAGUUUUGAAUGAUCAUUGGGAAUUAGCAUUGGAUGAUACGAAUGAUAAAUUAUCGGUUUGGUUGUCAACUACUUUGAUUCAAGCGUUAAAGAGUAUGAUUUCAUUGUUUACACAUUAUUUUGAUGCAUUAAGUAGAUUGUUGGAUGGUUAUUUGAAAUUGAUUAUUUCCUGUAUAUGUCAGGAAAAUGAUACAAUUGCCAGAAUUGGACGUGAUUGUUUGGCAACAUUAUUGAUUGACAAUGCUGAUAAGUUCAAUAAUGAUCAUUGGGCAUUGAUAACUGAUGCAUUCUGCAGCUUGUUUGAAUUGACUACCGCAACUGAGUUGUUUACGUCUGAUCCACUCCUAAGCAAAAGAAUUGAAGAAGAUACUGAUAUUGGAAAUAUUAACGAUGCUGAAGAAUCACCCAAGAGUCCUACUAUAGAAGAUGCAGAAGCUAGAUUGGCGAAAUCAAAGGAGAAAUCGUCUAUUGUGGUCAAGAGUGUUUUGCAAUUGUUGCUUAUCCAGACAACAUCUGAAUUAUUUGAAAAUGACGGAUUCUAUGAAUCUAUUCCAUAUGAUUAUUUGAUGAAAAUGGCAAAACUCUUACACAGUAGUUAUCAUUUUGCCAAAAAGUUCAAUGAUGAUUAUGACUUGAGAGUUCGCUUAUGGAACACCGGUAUUAUUGAACGUCUUCCAAAUUUGUUGAAACAAGAAUCUUCAUCUGCAGCUGUUUUUAUCAAUAUUAUGUUUAGAACCUAUUGUGAUGAAGAGAAGGCUUCUCCCGCUGACAAAGAAGAGAUCAUGAAUUAUAUAAUUCCAUUAUGUAAAACUAUAAUGGAAAGAUAUGCUGGAUUUGACGAGACCAAUCAACAAAGAAAUAUUACGACUUGGAAGCCUGUAAUUGUUGAAAUUUAUCAAGGAUAUGUUGAAUUAGAUGAUGAAGAUUUUACCAAGUAUACCCCAAUUAUGUAUAAGUUAACAUUAGAAUUAUUUUCCAAAAGUAUGUCUCCUGAUUUACGUAUGGCAAUACGUACAUUCCUUGCUAGAGUAGGUGAAGAGUUUGUAAAAUUACCAGAGAAAGAUGAUGAGGAAGAAGAAUCAUGA